AUGGUAAAGCUGUGUGCUAGUUUACCAUUAGCAAUCGUUGUGCUUGGUGGACUUUUGGCAACAAAGCAUACAUUAAGGGAAUGGGAGAUGGUAUACCAAAAUGUUCGUUCGCAUAAAUGGAGUGACGACCCCAUGCAACAUGACAAUGGAGUAUCAAAGGUGUUAGAUUUAAGCUACCACGAUUUACCUUAUCAAUUGAAGCCAUGUUUUCUAUAUUUUGGUCACUUUCCGGAGGAUUCUAAGAUAGAUGCUGAAAGACUAUAUCACUUGUGGAUAGCUGACGGUAUAAUUGUAGAUGAUGAUAAAGUGGGGGAUGAAACAAUAAUGGAUGUCGCAAAACAUUACUUGGGUGCGCUUGCACAAAGGUGCAUGGUUCAAGUACAGGUAGAGAAGUAUACUCAAAGAAUCAAUUAUUGCCGCAUUCAUGACCUUAUGUUGGAGCUGUGUUUGUCAAAGGAAAAAAUGAAUGAUUUUCUUGGGAUCAUUCACCUCCAACGCGAAACUAAUCUAGCUGAUUGCUUUUCCACCACAUCAACAACUAUUGCUCCUAAAAUACGCAAUCUUGCUAUUCAUUUGAAUAGGGAUGUCAAAAGAGUUAUACUCCCUGAAUUGGAGACAACUAAACAUCUAAGAUCGAUAUUGUUUUGCAAUUCAAGUAGUGUCAACGAGUCUUCAAUAGAGUUGAACUCUCAUUUGAAGUACUUCAAAUUGCCUAGGAAUUUGGAUCUUGAAAGAUUUGAGUUGGAUGAAAAGUCAGUCAAAUCAAUAGGUGAAGUAAUAAUCUUACAUGGAAUGGAACAAUUGAGGCAUUUGUUUGUUCCCUUGAAUCUCAAUGUUACAUUAAAAUUUGAUGGGUUGAACAACCUCAAAAUAUUAGGAGGGUUUCGCACAGGACUUUGUGAUGUCAAUGAUUUGUGUAAAUUGAUCAAUCUUCGGCAACUAGAAAAGGCAACUUUCUAUGAGUCGGACGAUCAGGAAUUUGUGGCUUUCAUUAACUACCUAAACAUCAGUGCCAACCACCUUCGACAAACAUCCUUAUCAGGUUUCUCUUCCAGCCUAAUCGAGUUAACGUUCUGGGGAUGUGAACUUAAAGAAGACCCUAUGCCAACAUUGGAGAGGCUACCUAACCUACAAUAUCUCGAUUUAGGUGGGGGUUCCUUUGUGGGGGACAAAAUGGUUUGCUCUGCUAAUGGUUUCCCCCAACUCAAAACCCCAGAACUCCAUGGUUCGCACUACAUAAAUGAGUGGGAGGUGGAAAAAGGAGCCAUGCCCAAUCUUUCUGCUUUAAGCAUUAGUUAUUGCUAUGGACUGGAAAUGGUUCCAGAGGGACAAAGAUUCAUUGCCACCCUCCAACAAUUUACAACUUCUUGUAUGGGCGAAAAUUCCAAUAACAAGCUUCGAAGGUGCAACGAUGUAGAAGGAGAAGAUUUUUACAAAGUGCAACAUGUGUCUUCCCUUGACAUUAAGUAA